CUCGCUCUAUUCACUUUCUCGCUUUUUAUCGCCGCUGCCACUUCAGUGUUGGUGAAUGUCACUGUUGAUGAUACAUUUGGGGACCCAACGACCGGGAUCAUUCCCCAGUAUCUACCCAUAGACCCUCCGGGAACUAUCGGUGCUUGGCAUUCUGGCAAUUCUUCUGAGCAAGACGACUGGACGACUUCGCAUUGGACCCCAGGCAUCCUCGACGUAUUAAAGAUACAUAAUCAAACCUGGCAUGACUCAACCCCUGCGAACGGACCGGCCCAGGUUGUCGUCAACUUCACAGGGACUGCCGUUUACGUAUACAAUGUCGUCCCGAACAUGGUCUGGGAGACGGUCACAACUUCCAACAUGACGUUCGCUAUCGAUGACUCGGUCGUCGGAAGCUUCGUCCAUAUGCCAAACAACUCCGGGGUAACCUUGUACAACCAGCUUGUGUACUCCAACACCGAACUCGAACUCGCUCCUCACACCAUCGUCAUAUCAGCCGAGGGCGACAGUCACUCAUUCAUUCUCUUCGAUUACCUGCUCUACACG